UAAGAUAUUGAGGUGCCUAUACUUUCAUGACCCAAAUCUUCAUAUUUGAUGAUGUUCAAUGUUGUGGAUCCUCCUUUACCUCACACAAUUGAGUAAAAUUGCGUAACUUUACGAAAUAGACGCUGACAGAGAAAAAGCGCCUCAUAAACGCGUCAUUUGUCUAUGCAGUGACACAAUCUGGAAUUCGUUUAAACCUUAAACUAGUAAACUUUUUUUAUUUAAACACUUGAGGUCUUCGGCUCGUGCUGAGAUGAAACGCAAGUUUAGCGUUAUUUCCUUUUCGAAAAACUUCAUAGCGUUACGUUUUUAUUUACUUUUUACGAAAGCGGCAGCAUAUUUGCGGGCGGUGUGCGCUGACCACGCCCACACUGACAGUCUGACACGCCCACUCUCCUCCCUAAAACUCUCAAGAACAAACUUCUCUGCAGAAACUUCACUCAGAGUCGCCUUGCGUUUGUGGAGUCACGCCAGAUCUGCGCGAUACUUCGGACUACUCAUGGAGAGUGAACUGAGAACCUGACGGGUCUGAACACUGUGGUUUUUGUCCAAAGAUGGCCAGGUAUAACGUUUGCUACCAUGGUAAGCCCAUGGGCUUUUUCUACAACAACAGCAACAUAACCUCAGAUGAAUGGGACCAAACGCAGCUCAUCCUGGUUCAGGUCGCUGGAUCCAUCUGCUGUUGUUUCAUCCUAGUGGCCAACGCCAUGAUCAUCGCGGCGGUGGUGACAAACAGGAGGUUUCACUACCCCUUCUACUAUCUCCUCGCCAACCUCGCCGCCUCAGACUUUCUCGCCGGGAUCGCUUACGUGUAUCUCAUGUUCAAUACAGGGAAAAUAUCUCGCGAUCUCACCGUUCAAGGCUACUUCUUUCGGCAGGGUUUGCUGGACGCGAGUCUCUCCGCAUCCCUGACCAACCUCCUGGUGAUCGCCCUCGAGCGCUACAUCUCCAUCAUGAACUGGAAGGUUCACAGUAACCUCACCAAACGUCGGGUGACUCUGUUGAUUGCCCUUGUGUGGGGUAUUUCGAUAUUUAUGGGGGCCGUUCCUAGUUUGGGCUGGAACUGUAUCUGCAGUCUGGACCUGUGCUCCAAAUUGGCACCCAUCUUUAGCCGGAGCUACCUGAUCUUCUGGUCUCUGUCCAACCUGGUGCUCUUCCUCAUAAUGGUGGGCGUAUACUUGAGGAUAUACAUCUAUGUGAUGAGAAAGACUGUUGUCCUGAAGGAACACACUUCUGGAUCUAUUAAUCGAAAGAGGACGCCAGUCAAGCUCAUAAAAACUGUGAUGACCGUACUUGACCUGUGUGACCUUCUUUCUUCUUUG